GGUUUUAGUGCUGUGUCUGUCUAAACUCCUCGCUCGCUGGGCAUUUCUCCUAUCCGUUCUUACAGAAACACAUAAAAACACAAACCAACCGUUAGAAACACACAAGCGAUUUGUUUUGUUUUCAUAUAGUACAAAGAAGAUUGAUUGUUUUAUCUUUCUUCUACGCCGAGCAGCCAUUGGUUUGCGGUAUUAGUUAGUGUGUCAUAGAUUGACAAUAGCAACUUAGGCCAAAAGAUGACAGUGUUUGGAUUGACUGCUAGUCCAUCAAGAUGUUGUCUCCGGAUACCUUCAUGUGGCCCGGGCUCACUGAAUAGGCGAGCUUUUGUGCUUUCUAGUCCUGGGAAGCCUAAACAACAGAUUGAUUCUCUCCGUUUAGUAAGAACUGACUGGGUUGGUUCUAGACAAAGAUGCAGAAUGCGACCGUCUUACUUGAUCAAGUGUGCAAUGGAUGCUUCCUAUGGUGAUACGCCAAAUGAACCCACUGCUAUCUUUCCUAGAAUUAAUGUGAGGGACCCAUACAAACGACUUGGAAUAAGCAGGGAGGCUUCUGAAGAUGAAAUUCAAGCUGCAAGAAACUUUCUUAUUCGUCAAUAUGCGGGCCACAAACCAAGUGUGGAUGCUAUUGAGUCAGCCCAUGACAAAAUAAUUUUGCAGAAGUUUUAUGAUAGGAAGAACCCAAAAGUUGACAUAAAAAAAAAGGUCAGAGAAGUCAGGCAGUCCCGUGUUGUUCAGGCUCUUACAAAUAGGUUUCGAACUCCAUCAACAAAGUUCAUUAUAAAAACAUCUAUUGCAUUUAUAGUGCUUGGGGUUCUCACUGCUUUCUUCCCAACCGAAGAAGGCCCGACCCUUCAGGUUGCAAUCUCCCUGCUGGCUACCAUGUAUUUUAUAUACGAUCGGUUGAAGAGCAAAAUCCGAGCUUUUCUUUACGGGGCUGGAUCUUUUGCUUUCUCAUGGCUGUUGGGAACAUUCUUGAUGGUGGCUGUGAUUCCUCCUGUACCUUUACUUAAAGGACCGAGGAGUUUUGAAGUGAUGAGUUCAUUAAUAACCUAUGUUCUACUUUGGAUUUCAUCUACAUAUCUUAAGUAGAGCCAAUUAUAUAUUACUACAAGGCCUCAAUUCUUUUUGGAGUGGAGAUCACCAGAUUUUCUUUGUAGCUGGUUUGUUGAUUCCCUGAUUUUGCUUAAUAGAACUGUGUGUAUCUCUAAUACAGUUUUGAUUCUUUC